UCAGUGCUCAGAGUGUUGGUAAACUCAUUGUGCUUCCCCAAAAACCAGUAUAUGAACCAGUAUAAUUACCUGAAGUUAUUGUGUGACAGUUUACCUGAGGUGUUUAACAAGUGUGGGGCUAUGGUUUUUAUGCAGGACAGUGCACUGUGUCUUAAGGACUGUGAAGUGAGGUUCUUUAAUGAUGGCCAAGCAAUUCUCCAGACUUAAACCCUAUUGAGAACCUCUGGUCAGUAGUGAAACAAAGUUUACUGGGCAAGGAUAUCAGUUCCAUCCUGCAGCUGGAUGCUGCUCUACAUGAGGCAUCGAAUAAUAUACCUCCCCAAACCCUCAAGAAUUUGUGUGAGUCUUCCUACACGGCUGAGGUAUGUGAUAAGCGUAAAGGACGCAGCACCAAGUAUUAAAACCUCAGUUGAUUACACCAUCUCAAGAAUUAUGGGGAGGAAAUCACGACACCGACAUCGCAAAAUAGAAAAAGAAAGUGAUUUACUCACUUUACAUGAUGAAAUGAUGGCAUUAGAUAUGGGCAGUGCUAGCAAACAAAAGAGUGUUAAACAAAGUUCCAAAUUGAGGAAAAAAAUGAAAAAAAAAUUGAAAAAGCAUUUGAAACAGAUACAAAUGGAGCAAGAGCAUAAAAAACAAAAAGGGAAGCAUUCUAUAUGGCAUAAGGUGCAAGUGCAAGGUAUACUCAUGGUGGAAAAAGAUUUCCUUUUCUCAAGUAUUAGCAACUUCGUGGAGGUUGAAUUUCAACCACUUGGCUUUCAUAAAGUAGACUCCAAUAGUUGUUUUUAUUUAGAGGCAAAUGAACCAGCUGCAACUGCUAUUGCAGGCCUCGAUAGAAGAAUGCAAGGUCCUGAUGGUAGCUGCUUGAAAAUUUCAGUAUCAAAAUGCGUUUUUCCAGAUUUGGUGCUGAAUUCAGAUCAGCUCCAGGUACUUAAAGAGGUCAUGUCACGGCGCUUUUAUCCAGAACCCAAUUUGUUGGAUCUCUCUGAUCUGCAUCAUGAUUCUGUACUAUUGGAAAAGGAUAUUUUUGUACCUCUUUGUUCUCCUGCUGUUAUGAAACAGGUGUUCCGGUUAAUAAUAGAAAAUGUUCCACAGUUAAAGGCACUCAGUCUUGGCAGAAAUAAUCUUCGAGUAAGUAAUUUGAAAUUACUACAAGGAAUACAAGCAGCUUGCCCACAGUUAUCUGCUCUGAAUUUAGAACAUAAUAAUAUUGGUGAUUUGCAGGUAUUAAAACUUAUAAAAAUGUUCCCUUUAACAGAGCUGAGUUUACAGUAUAAUCCACUUGUAAAUAACUACAGGGAAAAUCCAUUGAAAUAUGUAAUGGCAGCAAAAAAAGAACUUCAAUUCCUUAAAGUGAUGGAUACUGUGGAUAUUGAUUCUUAUCUUGCUGAGAAAACAACAUCCAAAACUGAUAAGAACCAAUGUCAGAGUAUUCAAAAAGUUGACCAAAGUGAAAGUACUUCUAAUAACAGCUAUAAUAUAAUGUCGGAGCCAAUGAUUCGGAAUUUUUUGGAACAGUUUUAUGCUCUUAUAGAUACACAGGAGCGUCACAAACUGGUUGCAGCAUAUACACCAGAUGCUGUUUUACAAGUUAAAUCUAAUGUAGGGGCAAUUGCCAGCAAUGUGUUUGUAGGUCAUAGCAGGUUAAGUGAGGCCUUUAAUACUUUUCCAGUCACCCAGCAUCAGCACACCACAUUCUCUUUAAAUAUCCAGUUCCCAAACAUCAACACUGCUCAUGUACUUGUAACCGGUGUGUGCCAAAUAGGUGGUGUUGAUACAGCAGUAACUUUUUCAAGAUCAAUGAAUAUUAUACCUUUUAAUACUGGCCUAUGUUGUUCUGAAGAUAUUUUAGAACUAAAAUUGAAUAAACUAUGAUAAAUUGUUUCAAGUUGUUUGUAAAUAAAUAUGCAAUAUUGUAUACAGUACCCACAAUACAUUCACACACGAUUUUUACUUUAGGAAAUGUUAUGAUGAUGCACUUAUUCUCAGUACAUAACUAUGUUGCUUGUAAUAGAACAGCUAGUGUUUGGACAAAUGUUCUAACUAAAUCAUUAAUGCAAAAUUAAUUCAACCACUUGCAGAAGCAUGAUAAUGUCAGUCACUGUUGGAUACUGUAUACAUACCUGUAGAGUACUGUACUCAUAAGAGUUUGUGGGAGUCAUAAUAACCUCUGGUGAUUUGAAUGAGCUGCAAUUGGUUAUUGUUUACAAUUUGGUAUGUUUUUUAUACUAAAGUUACCUCUUGGUUAUACAGCCUCUCCUCACUUAGCGACGUACUCAUGGGCGGGUUCUAUCCCCGCCCGUGGUAUGGUUUGUUUGCAAUCAUGCCAUUACGAUUUUGUGAGUACUGUAUAAACAUUUAAAAAUAUACCAGAUAUGUUAUAAAUGGUGCAAAGGUGACAUUAAAGCAGUAUCAAAGAUGGCUGACACAAACCCAUUACCAUUGUAGUAUGCUCCUCACUUAGCGACGAAUUCGUUUAACGACAUGGUCUUUGGAAUGGAACUCCAUUGUUAAGCGAGGAGAGGCUGUAUGUAUGUAUGUGUGUGUGUGUGUGUGUGUGUGUAUAUAUAUAUAUAUAUAUA